GCUCUCCAAAUGAUCUUUUGUGAUAAGAAGGGAAACUGCUUGCUUGCAUUCAACACAUUUGUAUCUGUAUGUUUUGGAAGGAAGGAAGGAAGGAAGGAAGGAACUAAGGAAGAAAAUGGAGAAGCUAAAAGUCAAGCUGACGCUCCUAUGGCUGCGUGCCAAGGCCGGACUUCUGCGCCUCUUCUUCCGCUCGGAAAUGUUGGCAGCGCAUAAAGAAUACACGCCCAGUGAAGCGUGACUCCGGAGCAGCAAAAGAAGGCACGCGCGCCGGACACGGCGCUCGCCCGCUGCGACGGGAUGCCGCAAAGAAGUCAGUAUGGCGGCCGUGGCGGUGGCCGGGGCCAUGGUCGAGGCGGCAGUGGUCAUGGCGGCAGCGGUCAUGGCGGCAGCGGUCAUGGCGGCAGCGGUCAUGGCGGCAGCGGUCAUGGCAGCGGCCGCGACCUUCCUCCUUCCGUCCUGACAAAGCAGCCUGCACCACCGCCAAGGUGAUGUCAUGCAAGCACGCAGAUUAGCCGUGUGUGUGUGUGCGCGCGCGCGCGUGCGUGUUCUCCUGCUGCGUUUUGGCUGGCUGGGGCUGGGUCACAGAAGGGCUUGACUUUUGGAAGUCAAGCAGAUGAUAAUUUGGAAGCACCUGGAAUGCGGACGGACGAGGCUGAGGACGCAUCAAGCACGCAGGCCCUCAUCGGGCCCCUCCCUCCUCCCCGCCCCCCAGCGGCGAGGCUCCGCCCAACGCCCGGCCGCCCUCCCGCUGGUCCCGGAGCCGCUCGCGGCAUUCCCGGAUCGGCGCAACAUCUGGAAGCAAGCGCACGCACGCAUGCAGUCCGCUCGAGUCGACACGCAACAAGAAAACGAAGAAGAUCUGCUCCGUGACUUUUUUUCUUGGAACUUUUCCUUGCCUUUGUUUUGUUUUUUAAUUGUGACUCCGUCCGUCCACCGAGGGAAUAAACGCGCGGCCAACAUGUCAGGCGUGGGCGCUCUCCUCCUGGCCGCCUUCCUGCUCUGCUCGCCCGUUGCCGGCCGAGCCCGACCCGCCGACGCCAGAACGCGGCGCUCGGUGACGCAUGCGCAGCUGAUGCACGACAAGGGCCGCACGCUGCAGGAUUUCAAGCGGCGCCUGUGGCUGCAGGAGCUCCUGGACGAGGUCCACACGGCCGAGAUCCGUCAGCUCCCGCUCUCCAAAGCCCCCCCGGCGCCGAGCAAGGGCCUGGCGGCCGACUGGUCGCCGGAGGAGCGGGAGGCCACCAACUUGCCGCAGGAAACCCACAAGAGCUUCCGGGACGCUAAGCGCCGCAAGAAAGGACGCCCCGGCAGGCGGAAGGAUGCUGACAAGCGCAAGAGGAGGGCCCAGGCCAAGCCGCUCUGAACGCAGGUGCCUGCAGCCAGCGCAGCCAGCGCAGCCAGCGCAGCCAGCGCAGCGCAGCGGACCCCUAAACAGUCAUCUUGCUGUUUGGAAAGACAACCUGGAUAUUUAUUGUGUAAAUACAAAUCAGUAGAGUAGAAAGUGACGUGGAAAUGAAAGAUCUUCUUUUGAUUCCAACACGCUUGUUGUAAUUUAUUUGGUUUGAAUGUUGUAUUUAUUGGAUUGGUUUUUCCACCAUCAUGCACUUUACACCGACCAGCAAGUCACUUGACUUUGGUCUUUGCUUGACUUGGAGUUGAUCUUGUGUCAAUGACGCCCCCUGGCGGCGCUUGCUUUUGCCACUUGCACUGAGAUUAAACGUUUGACACAAGCUCUG